UUUAAUAGGUAGAAACUUGAUUACCGGKUUAUUUAGCAAUGGGACUGUUUGCAAAAGUUGAAGCCAAAGUAGAAAAGGAACCUUUGGUGGAUGCAGCGAAAGAACCAGUGGGUGACGCUGAGCAAACAAAUGAAAAUGGCAAUUCAAAUAGCUCCCAAACAAAAGAAUGGGGUUAUGAUUUGUAUCCAGAAAGAAAGGGUGAAACAUACAAACCAAAGUGGUCGAAGAUCCUUUUGGGUAUGGAGGGCCGUGAAAAUAUUGACAAAGUAAAAUGUGAACGCAACGUGUACUGGUGCGUAAAAAACAGCCCCUUGGUCAAACUUAUGAUGGGAGCGCUCCGAAGUUCCGGCUGUCCAAUCGAUCUUCGACGCCAUAUAUCUUGUGAAGUAUGUGAUACCUCCGUAACUGGUGGUUAUGAUCCUGUCAUGAAUCAAAUAGUUGUGUGCCAAAACAUGGCUCGCAAUGAAGGCAUGGUUCAAGGUGUACUUACACAUGAAAUGAUACAUAUGUUCGAUUAUUGCAAUAAUGAGUUGGAUUUUCGAAAUAUCGACCAUUUAGCAUGCACUGAAAUUAGGGCGGCUAAUUUGGCGCAUUGCUCCUUUCUCAGCGCUAUGAUGCAAGGUGAUGCUUCAAUAUUUGACAUAAAACAGGCGCACCAGAACUGUGUAAAAACAAAGGCGCUGCAAUCUGUUUUGGCGGUGCGUAAUGUAACAAAACUUGAAGCUAUUGAGGCGGUAGAACGUGUAUUUCCAAAAUGCUAUGCAGACCUGGAACCAAUCGGUCGGCGUAUACGACGGAAUUCACCCGAUCAACAUAGAGCCUACAUGGAAGGUCCAAUGUAUGGYUAUGAUAUUUAGCAGGCUCUGACGAUGAACCGGACUCAGAUGAAGUAGAGACGGUCGACGUAACAACGGCAGCUGAUGCUGAAGUUUUAACCUGAACUAGCCAUGUACAUACACAUAUAUAUAAGUAAAUUGCAGUUUUAAUUCUUUAAAACA